UUCAGAGUCUGGGGCGAAACAAGAAAACAAACAUUCAAAUCCAAAACCACUUCUCACCUAGAACCGAGCUGAAUGCACUUGUCCAAUGAGCUGCAAGGAGAUAAACAAAGCGCCUGAGAUCUCAUGGAAAAACUGCCCAGAUGAUCUGGUGUGUGAAGAAGAGCUAUUUUUUGCCAUUGCCAAAUGCACAGAAGAUUCUGUAGAAACAAGCAAGGCAACGACAAACAUUUUGGAGCUUCAAGACAGCUUGGAAGAAGGCCAGAUGAACAACUGUAAAGAAGGCCCCCUUCCCAACAAUGGCAUCUCAACAAGCCAAAGCUCCUUGCAGUGCCACUUUGUCAGCCUGAAGCAGCAGAUCGCCCAGCAGAAGGCAGAGUAUGAAGCGAAGGUUUUCAGCCUAGAGCAACAGAACAAAGAAUUACAGUUAGAGAUUAAAGAUCUGCAUUCAAAACUGGGACAGCAACGGAAGUGGUAUCAUUUGGUGGAAAUUAAAAUGCGCAAUGCGGAGAGGGCACAUGAAGAUGCAGAGAGAAGGAAUCAACUCCUUCAAAAGGAAAUGGAAGAAUUUUUUGAUACUUUUGGAGAACUGACAAAUGAAAUAAAGACACCAGAGCAAGCUGCUCAACAGUUUUAGAUGCUCAUUAGCCUGAAAAUGAAACAAUGCCUUCCAAUUACAAUUCAAAUGCAAAAGGUAAAAAAUCCUGGACUUUUUCUUUUUAAAGUAAUAUAAUCAGAGCAUUAUAAAAGAUUCUU